AUGGAGGUGAAUUAUCAUAUGUGUUCAUGUCCUUCCACUUAUCACAAGGAUUGCCUUGGCUUAGAGGAGAUUCCAAGUGGAGAUUGGUUCUGCCCAUCAUGUUGUUGUGUGAUCUGUGGUGAGGGAAAAUCUGAGAAAACAAUGGAGAAUUCUGUGGAUGAUGGUAUUGUUCACACUUGUGAUCAAUGCGAGCAUAAAUUUCACACGGGUUGUCUGAGGAGUAGAGGGGAAGUUAAGGUGAAAAAUUAUGCUCAUGAUAAAUGGUUUUGCAGUGAUAGAUGUGAACAUGUUUCUACUUGCCUCCAUAAGCUUACAAGAAUGCCUAUAUCACUAGGCGUAGAUGAUUUAACCUGGAGAUUAUUGAAGAAUGGUAAGGUCUUAAAGGAGAAUCAGAGGAAGUUGAAUGAGGCAAUUGAUGUUAUGCAUGAGUGUUUUGAGCCAGCUCAGGACCCUUUAACGGGAAAAGAUCUUGUUGAAGAUCUUAUCUUAAAUAAUAAAUCAGAGAUGAAGCACAAGAACUUUCAAGGAUUCUACACAGUUGUUCUGGAGAAGAAAGGAGAAAUUGUUUCUGUGGCAACUGUUAGAGUGUUUGAAGAGGUUGCUGAGAUGCCAUUAGUUGCUACCAGAUUCAAGUAUCGCGGACAAGGAAUGUGUCAUCGCCUGAUGGGUGAGCUUGAAAGGCAGCUUGUUGAAAUAGGAGUGAUGAAUUUGAUAUUGCCUUCAGCCCAUAGUGUGGUAAAUACAUGGAUUACGAAAUUCGGGUUUUCAGAGAUGACAAAAUGGGAGAGACUCAAGUACUCAAACUAUACUUUCCUAGAUUUCCAGGAUACAAUCAUGUGUCAGAAGCUGUUAGUGAAGAUGCCUUCCGCAAAUUUGUGCCAACCAGGAGCAACUUUGUCAACUACUGCAAAUUCUAAUAUGGAAUUUGUCAGCUCCAGCCCCACUUCUGUAUUACUUUUUGCAAAUUGA